AAGAAAGACCUGGAGGAGCUUGCAGGGGUCAGGGGCAAAAUGAGCGGGCCACUAGGCUCCAUGACCUGCUCCGGCCGGGAAGCUUCCGCUUGCAAGUCUCCGCUGAGCACUAGGCUCAGGGAGCCUCUCACCCACGCUCGGUUCCAGCAACUUUUCGGGGUCGCAGAGCAGGAGCCAGAGUUACCAGCGGAGUCCUGCUUGCCUCAGCAGUGCAGGCGGUGGAGGCGCCGAGUCGGCGCUUGUUCUGGACAGGGGGCGUGGCGCCUGCUGCUAGCAAGGCUGCCCCCUUUGCGCUGGCUGCCUCAGUACCGCUGGAGGGCCUGGCUGCUUGGGGAUGCUGUGGCAGGAGUGACCGUGGGCAUCGUGCACGUGCCGCAGGGCAUGGCUUUUGCGCUCCUGACCUCCGUGCCCCCGGUGUUCGGACUCUACACUUCUUUCUUUCCCAUCCUCAUCUACAGUUUACUGGGCACCGGGAGACACCUGUCCACGGGUGAGUGGCCAGGAACUUUCGCAGUACUCAGCCUCAUGACCGGCUCUGCAGUCGAGCGUCUGGUGCCCGAACCCUUCGCGGGGAACCUGAGUGGAAUUGAAAGGGAACAAUUGGAGGCUCAGCGAGUUGGGACGGCAGCUGCUGUGGCCUUCGGGAGUGGGGCGCUGAUGCUGGGGAUGUUCGUGCUGCGGCUCGGUGUCCUGUCUACCUUUCUGUCCGAGCCUGUGGUCAAGGCGCUGACCAGCGGGGCCGCGCUGCACGUUCUGGUAUCCCAGUUACCAAGCCUUUUGGGCUUGUCUCUCCCACGCCAGAUCGGCUGCUUCUCUCUCUUUAAGACGCUGGCUGCGGUGCUCACCGCACUGCCCCAGAGCAGUCCAGCAGAACUGACUAUCUCGGCACUCAGCCUGGCGCUCCUAAUGCCGGUCAAGGAAUUGAAUGUGAGAUUCCGGGACAGGCUACCCACUCCAAUCCCAGGGGAAGUUGUCAUGGUGCUUCUGGCCUCGGUGCUCUGCUUCACUUCUUCCCUGGACACAAGAUACAAUGUCCAGGUAGUGGGACUGUUGCCUGGAGGUACCCAACACAUCCUCAUCAUGGAUCCCUCCCUCUCCAGAUUUCCCCAACCCCUCCUCCCUAACCUGGCUGAGCUGCCCAGGAUAUUGGCUGACUCGCUGCCCAUCGCAUUGGUUACUUUUGCUGUGUCCACGUCCCUGGCCUCCAUCUAUGCAGACAAGUAUAGCUACAGUAUUGACCCUAACCAGGAGCUCCUGGCCCAUGGUGUCUCCAACCUCAUUUCGUCUCUCUUCUCUUGCUUUCCCAACUCUGCCACACUGGCCACAACCAGCCUACUAGUGGAUGCUGGUGGGAAUACACAGCUGGCAGGCCUCUUUUCCUGCAUGGUGGUCCUGUCUGUGCUGCUGUGGCUGGGGCCCUUCUUCUACUAUCUGCCCAAGGCUGUUCUGGCUUGCAUCAACAUCUCCAGCAUGCGCCAGAUGUUCUUCCAGAUGCAGGAACUUCCACAGCUUUGGCACAUCAGUCGUGUGGACUUUGCUGUGUGGAUGGUCACAUGGGUGGCUGUAGUGACCCUGAAUGUGGACCUGGGCCUGGCUGUAGGUGUGAUCUUUUCCAUGAUGACUGUGAUCUGCCGUACCCAGAGGGUGCAGUGCCUGGCACUUGGAUUGGCUGAAGGGACCGAGCUCUACAGGCCACUCAGAGAGAGCCAUAAGCUCCUCCAGGUUCCAGGUCUCUGCAUCCUGAGCUAUCCAACACCACUCUAUUUUGCAACCCGUGGGCAGUUCCGCCAAAUCUUGGAGUGGCAUCUGGGGCUUGGAGAAAGAAGCAAGGAGUCUCCAAUGCCAGGUAGCCUACCUGACAAAGCUGCUGAGCCCAUCAGAGUGGUGAUCCUAGACUUCAGCGGCAUCACCUUUGCGGAUGCUGCAGGGGCCAGGGAAGUGGUGCAGCUCACCAGCCGAUGCCAGGAUGCUGGGAUCUGUCUUCUCCUGGCUCAGUGUAAUGCCUUGGUGUUGGAGACCUUGACCCGGGUAGGACUUCUGGAUAGAGUGACUCCCGAACAGCUCUUUGUGAGUGUCCAGGAUGCAGCUGCACAUGCCAUGGAGAGACUGGAGCUCACUGGCCCAAAGAUUUGCACAGUGUGGAUCUAACUGGGUCAGUUGGUAUUUGAAGGGCUUCAACAGUGUGUGUUUAUGUGCGUGCGUGCAUGUGUGUGAGGCUGUGGUCUUUGAGCACAAUGCAAUGAAUAAAGUGACGCUUGAGAGCAUCUGCA